AUGCCUUUGCAUAACAUGCCGCAGAUCGCGUUUGGUACCGGCUCAAAGUGGAAGGGCCAGGAUGUCACGGACUAUGUAACGAACGCCAUAGAGACCGGCUUCUCUCACAUAGACACUGCACAGUUCUAUGCCAACGAGGAGAGUGUCGCGGCCGCUAUCCGUGAGACUGGACUUGACCGCUCCGACGUCUUCAUCACGACAAAGUGGUCGAGCCAGGCAGGUGUGCGGGAAUCGCUCGAGAGAAGCUUGGCCAAGGCGAGUUGGGAUAUCCGAGCACAGCAACAGCUUGAGCUCACACAAGUCGACCUGUAUCUGAUUCACAACCCCGCCCUCGCGAAGGACUAUGAGUCUGACUGGCGUGACUUUGAAGCAGUCAGAGAGGCCGGGUUAACCAAGUACGCUCCUUGCGCAUCUAACAAAAUUCAUACCAAUCACAUUGUGCCAUCCCCGGUAGGAGCAUCGCAAAUGCAGAAGCUCUGGAAGAUAGCCAAGGUCAAGCCUGCCGCGAACCAGAUCCAGUUCCACCCCUACAACUACGCGGGAAAUAAGGAUCUGCUCGCGUUCUGCCAACAGCACGGUGUUGUCGUCGAGGCCUACAGUAGUCUGAGUCCCAUCACAAGAUAUCCGGGCGGUCCGGUAGACAAGCCAGUCAAUGCUGCGGCGAAGAGACUCGGUGCGACCGCCACCCAGGUCAUUCUCUCCUGGGUCAAAGCCAAGGGCGUGGUCAUUGUCACCACGAGCUCCAGUCGGGAACACAUGCAAGAAUACCUCGAUGUCGGCGAUCUGCGCGCAUUGACCGAGGACGAGAUUGCCGCUAUCGAUGCUGCAGGGGCUCGAGGGCCGCCAUCAACGUCAGCCCAGGACCCCCGAAUAUUGGGGAGGAACCAGGCUCCUAAAACCAGCCCCACAAUCGCGUUCUUCGCUCCUGAGGCCAACUUGGUGUUAUAUACGAAAAGAUAA